AUGCCACCUGCUCAUUACACAUUAAAGAUUGAGUCAUUCUCACGAUUUUGUGAGCUACUUGAGAAGACUGGACUUGUGAAGUAUGAAUCUGAUGCUUUUGCAUCUGCCGGCUACAACUGGAAAUUGGUGUUGUAUCCUUCUGGAAAUGUGAAAAGAGAUGGAAGUGAUCACAUUUCUCUCUACUUGGCAAUUGCUGAGCCAAAUGCAAUUCCUCCUGGAUCCCAGGUUGAUGUGAUCCUCAAAUUCUUUGUUUUUGACCACUUAAGAGAUGAGUACUUAACAAUUCCAGGCUCUAGGAUUUAUUAUUCUACAGAUGAUAACAUGAGGCGUUACCAUUCUUUAAAGACUGAAAAUGGUUUUGACCAACUGAUCUCACUCAAGAUGUUCAAUGACUCUUCUAAUGGAUAUCCUUUUGAUGAUUGCUGUGCUUUAGGAGCAGAGGUUCAUGUUAUUAAAUAUGAAGAGAAGCAAGUUUGUGAUUAUCAAUCUAAGUUGGAGAAUUUAAAUGAGAACUUCUGCAAAGUUGGUGGUUACAUGAAGAGGAUAAUCUAA